AGCGCCCUGAGACUCACUCCGUUGCGCCAGUCAAGCCCACCGCCCGACCGGCUCGGCUCGACUCGACCCCACGCGCCACGACCUGCCCGGCUCGGCUUGGCUCGGCUCGGCUCGUCGCGACUAUGUCGUCCUGGUGUCAGACGCGAUUCAAGUGACCGUUGGAUUAAAACACGACCAGUGCUGUGCUUGUGUCAGUGAGAGUGUGAGUGCACCGAGUGUGUGUGAGUGUGGGUGGAGUGAGAGAGCCAGCAAGUGUUGCCAUCCAGGAUACCGCCCGAGCGCAGAAUGCAUCUGUCCGUGUUAACGGCCGCGCUGUGCGCGCUGUCGUGGGGCUCGGCGCUGGCCGUGAACAAGGAGGCCGCGGCGGCGGGGGCCACGCCGCCCUACGCCGUGUCCAUGGAGCCCAUGGUGCCGUACUCGCAGCGGGACCCGCUGUACCACAUGGCCAGGCACUCGACACAGCGCCGCCACGCCGUGGCGCACGCCGUGGCGCCCCACGCCGCCGUCGGCCACCUCCACCUCGGCCAGGGCCACCAGGGCCACCAGGGCCGCGGCGCCAAGAACAGGCGUGAUGCCGGGGCCUACGGCGCGCCGCCGCCGCCCUACGAGGAGUACGGCCCCGCGCCCGAGCACCACGAGUACCCCGAGCCCAUCAUCGAGAUCAUCAUCAAGGAGUCGAACGAGAGCCUGCCCGCGCCGCCGCCGCUGCCCGUGCUGGCGCCCAAGAAGCCGACCCGCGAGCCCGUGCACGUGUUCUACGUCAAGUACAAGCAGACGGGCUCCGGCGAAUACGGCAAGGACGGCAACAGCGGCGUCGUGUUCGACGACCCCAUCCCCGCGCUCACGCCCGCGCCGCCGCCGGAGGAGGAGGAGGAGCACGGCCAGCAGCAGCACCAGCACUACGAGGAGGCCGUGACGCCGGCGGCGCCGCGCCAGACCACCACGCUGCGCGCCAUCAUCCACCCCGACUCGGAGCUGGCGCACCCCGCGCAGGGCUCCGAGGGCAAGCUGCGCGUCACGUUCGGCGGGCCCCACGACGACGAGGCGCACGCACGGCCCUCGGCGCACACGCAGCACGGCGCCGACGACAAGCACGACAAGCAGGACGGCCACGAGGAGGGCGAGUCCGCGCAGCAGCCCGUCGCUGCCUUCCCGGCCAUCCGCUUCCCGGAGCAGGCCGACAACGCCGAGAACGUGCACCACAUCAAGCGCAGCCAGCAGCAGCCCGCACCGCACCUGCAGCAGACCGGCUUCAACUCGGCCCCUCUGCAACACCCGCCGCCACCGCCGCCCGGCCACCAGCCCGGCCACCAGCACUUCCAGCAGGGUCGCUACCACCAGGACUUCCCGCCGUACCGCGGCCAGUUCGGACCGCCGCCGCCACCCCCGGGCCCGCUCCGCGGUCCGCCGCCGCCGCCCCCGCAGAAGCAGCAGCACCAACCCGCCUUCCUGCGGCCGCAGCCCAGCCUGGACGCGCUGCAGAACCCGCGCUACCCGCCCUUCGCGCCGCCCCCGCCGCCCUUCGGGGGGCAGGAGCAGUUCCGCCCCCGGCCCGCCCCCGGCGACAAGCCGCAGCGGCCCUUCCAGCACGACAGCUUCCGGCCCAACUACUUCCCGCAGCCGCAGCCGCCCUCACCGGCCGCCCCCAGCCGGCCGCCCCCGCAGCCGCAGUUCGUGCCCAGCACGCAGCACCCCUCCAGGCCCACCUUCCAGCACCAGCAGCACCAGCAGCCGCCAAGGAACACCUUCCAGCCGCAGCCGCACCAGGUCCUGCGCGAGCAGCACCAGCAGCAGGUACUGGCGCAGCAGCAGCAGCAGGCCCUGCUUCGCCAGCAGCAGGAGCAGCAGCACCGCGGCCAGGCGCACUUCGCGCCGCAGCACGCCCAGCACGCCCAGCACGGCCAGUUCGCCGCCCCGCAGCAGCAGUUCAGCCAACAGCAGCCGCAGCCGUCGUUCGCACCGCAGCAGCAGCAGUCCUUUGCUCCCCACCAACAGCAGCCCCAGCCGCAGCAGCAGGCCUUCACGCCGCAGCAGCCCAGCCAGCAGCAGCUGUACCGCGAGCAGCAGCUCAAGCAGCAGGCCCUGCUUCAGCAGCAGCAGCAACAACAGCAGCAGCAGCAACAACAACAACAGCAGCAACAACAAGAGCAGCAACACUUCGCGCCCUCCCAGGGCCAGCAGUCCCAACGCGAGACGCUGCUCGGCGCCGAGAUCAUCAAGUCCAUCCCGCAGUCCGAGGAGCACGUGCUGCUGAACCAGGGGCCCUUCGGUCAGACGCAGACACUGUCGCACUCGGUCACUCACAGCCAGCAGCAGCAACAGCAGCAACACCACCAGCAGCAACACCACCAGCAGCAACAGCCGCACCACAGCGUGCAGGUGCUCAACAGCGACCAGGACGGCCCCCGCGUCACCUUCUCGUCGUCCACGCCCAGCUACUCGGGGUCGUCCGCCGGGAACAACUUCGCGACGCCGUCGCCGCCGCCUUCGUUCUCGCUGACGCCCAGCUCGACCACGCCGUCCCCGCGGCCGUCCCCGAGGCCGACGCCCAGGCCCACCACGACGACCACCACCACCACGGAGGAGCCGGCGCCGUCCGCGCAGCCCACCACCGAGGAGCCCAAGGUCGACUUGACCAAGAAGCUGGCGGAGCUGCCCGACGAGGUCCCCGAUGACAUCCGCGAGCAGCUCAUCGCCUCCGGCAUCCUGGGCAACGCCGACAUCCAGAUCCUGGACUACGACAAGAUCGGCGACACGUCCAUCGACGCGCUGCCGCAGCACGCGCUCGAGAACUUCUACGCCAACGGCGGCCAGGCCUCCGCGUCCGAGCCCGUGGCCUCCGUGGUGGCGCCGCCACCGCAGUUCCAGCCCCGCGAGCCCGUCGACGCCGAGCCCGUCGACGCCGAGCCCUCCGCCUCGGACAUCGACGAGGUGGUGCAGGAGCCGGCCACCGUCCCGCAGGCCUCCAACGUCGAGAUGAAGGUGGUGCGGUACGACCCCGCCACCGCCGAGGGCCAGCAAGUGGCCGACCAGUACCUGAAGAAGGACGCGGCCGUGCUCAACGACCCCGUCGUCCUCAACGACAACCGCUACAACCGCUACCUGCCGCUCAAGAUCUCCGGCGCCGCCUUCCCGCUGCCCGACGCGCCGCUGCUGCGCGGCCGCAACGUCACCUCCGUGGUGGUGCUGGCCCCCGUGGACUACGACUUCCUGCAGGCGGCCGACGACGACGCCGGCGACCGCGUGGGCCGCGCCGUCGAGGUGCACGGCGUCCGCUUCGUGGCGGGCGACGCCCUCAAGAAGCUGGUGCGCACGCCCACGCAGGAGAACUACCGCCUCUGGCUGCAGCAGGAGCGCCAGAAGCCCCUGGCCAAGCAGUCCGUCAUCCUGCUGGUGACGAGCCCCACCGCUGACGCGGACGCGCAGCGCGACAAGGAGAUCUUCAUGUACGACGCCAGCUCCGACGAGGUGUCGCGGCUCACGGGCGAGCUGAGCUCGUCCUUCGUGGAGGUGGCCGAGAGCAACGCGCUGAGCCAGGACCUGGAGAACGUGGACGUGGAGGGCGAGGCCGCGUCGUCGGAGGCCAAGGCCGAGGCCUCGGAGCGACAGGAGGUGCGCGUCUCCCCUCCAGAAGGCUUCUUCCAGCGGCGCGCUGACGACGCCGCCGCCGCCGCCGAGGACGCCGUCGGCGACAUGGACGCGGCCGCGUCGGACCCCGUGACGGCGCUCUUCAGGGCGUCCCCCGCCGCCAGCCAGGACGCCGGCCAGGAGGUGCCCCAGGUCGCCAUCAGCUCGGGCUACGCCCGGACGUCCACGUCCUCGUGA